GAUGACCGGGAUCAUAGAUGAAUAUACCCAAAGAUCAUGGCGGUCAUUUUAGUUUCUACUAUCGUAUUUUUCUCGCUCUUUUGUGGUGUUUAUUUACUUCCGGUCGAGAGCUGCCCUAUGUAUGGUUGUCGUCCGUCGGGAACUUUCUCGUAUGUUCUAGAUAUUACUUCUAAUGUAUCGUUAGCUUGGCCCAAGAGUUUUGUACAAGGACCGUAUUUAAAUUCACUCGGUUGUGCAGCAAACGAUGUCAAUAUUGUAUGUCAAGCUAAUGGAUUGCGAGAUGAGGGAUAUGUGACCUUGAUUCCAGACAAUGGUACAGUAGCCUGGUAUGGAGACAUUCUGCGGCGGCCAACAUUGCCUAUCAUGGACAUUUAUGGUGACGUCAUUGGAACGGAUGGACAUAAUUUAGUGAUGUUCGAUUCAGAUGGAAAAAUAGAGAAACCGCUGAUCAAUCUUGGAGAGAGUUUGUUUCCUACGUACAGUUUAACACUUUCCGAAGAAAACGGCAUCAUAGCUAUUGUUUCACGACAGGGGUUGCUGAUUACCAAAGAAUCAAACGGCAUACCUCAUGCCUCCAUGGAUUUUCGUGCAGAAGAGGAGAGAACCAACGGAACUUUUAUACCAGUGGCACCACCUGUUGUUUCAGGGCAUCGGAUUUACAUCCUUACAGAGUUCCGUCCAGAUUAUAGUAUACAUCAGCCCGAUAUCCUUGGAAUGCAGCGUUUGUUUGCAAUUGACAUGAAAAACGUGAUGAUGGGUCGGCUAGAAACAGCCUGGGUUUUUAACUUUGAAAGACUUGAUAGAUUGGGUCCGCUUGUCGGCGAAUAUCAACAAAACAAGCAGGAUGCACGAAAUGAAAAUCAGGAGGAGGUUGGAUUUGGUGUUGCCCCACAAAUUUUGAAAAACACAGACACAGAUAUGAUCUACGUAAACUUACCCCCACCAGAGGGCGUGACAAAUGCUGUACAUCUCCUUUGGGGCUUCAAGGAUGUAUCAAAUGGGACAGAUCCUGAUCUUAUAUUUAAAAUUCCACAACCAUUGUCAAAAAUUGCUAUGUUCGAAUCCAAUAGUGGACCAGUUGUUGAUAAAAGAAAAAACAAAAUUUCCGGGAAAACUUACAAACCUUUAACACAGAGAAGAAAAAUAAAUAACGCCUCAUUAUGGGGUGUUUCAGUGAAUGGAAAACUAAUUCUUCAGCUUAACUCAAAUGAUGGAACUGUGAAAAAUCAAAUAAACCUUGAUUCUGCGCUAAAUAUGACGUCAUCAGUUGUUACAUCUAAGAUAAUGGUAGCUCGAUCCUCAGACAGUUCGGAGGAUAUUCUCAUAUUCGGAGUGCAGAUAACACCUCCUAAAACUGGCGAUGGGUCAAAAGGAUUCCGAAAGUUGAAAGGCAAAAAUACAGCUAAGGAUUCUCCAAAGAAUUACGUAGUAAGUUUCAGAGAAAACAAAGUCAACUGGGUCUUUGAAACUCCAAAUAACCGAGAAGUAAAGGGGCAAAUAGCUGGAGUGCAACGCUCCUCUGUCGACGGAUCCGACUUACUGGUCGUGUUUACUAGCGAUUCCGAAGAGUCGGAAGUAUUUGCUCUGAAGUUUGAUAGGGUCUUGGAAACUCCAAAUAAGCUAAGAGUGGGGGAAUAA